AUGUUAGCAAAUAGCAAUAUCGUCUCAUCAUAUUUACAUUGUCCCCAAAUAUUGGGCAUACCGUCACUGGUUGAUGUUGGUCGUUUUGUGAACACGGCUCCUGUACGAAUGUUCCACUAUCGUCAAGAAGCGCGAUCAAAUGUUGAAGCGAUGUGUCCGUGUGCUUCUGCAGACAACACAACAUUCGAGAGCGCGUUAUUAUUGCCGGCGAAGGCAGCAAAAGUUAAGACUGACGACAUUUCCACGAAUCUAGAUGAGGACUCAAAAACAGAAGCCAACACCUCAUCUACAACCAGUCGUCAGCGUGAAACACCAGUUAAACUAAGCUUUGGAAUUGACAGAAUCCUCCACGACUCCCACAGUGUUUGUCGCAUCAAAGAAGAAAUUGGCUCAACUACGUCGCAUCGUGAUAACAACAGCAAUGGUUCACCUUUGAAACCCAGGUCUCUGUGGCAGACGGUUGGACAUCAGUCUAAUUCUGGUCAUUUUUCCGGAACAGUAAAACGGAAAAGAAGCUGGUCCAGGGCGGUGUUUACUAGCCUUCAGCGAAAAGGCCUGGAAAAGAGAUUCGAUGUGCAAAAGUACGUGAAUAAGCCAGAUCGGAGGCAGCUAGCUGCUGCGUUGGGGCUAACAGAUGCUCAGGUGAAGGUUUGGUUUCAAAACCGUCGUAUGAAAUGGCGCCAGAAUCAGAAGCAGACGAAAGAUAACUCGAGCCGGAUAUCAACAGGCGAGAACGCCGACAGACCGUCUACCCCUCAUUUACAAGAUGAACUAUCGCCCAGCAACAUGAAAGAAGACGAAUGAUUAUCUAAUUUCUGGUAAUUAAGGAGAUAUUUUCGUGCGAUCUAAACCGGUGUUGGCUCAUACAAGCAUUGAUUUUGAUGAGGCCUAUAUAUUGAUACAAUGUAAUACAGUAUAUUCAAAUUUUAUUUGUUUUCGGGUGCUAAAAUUUGAAUGGUUACCGAUUUUCUUUAGUCUGUCACAUAGAAAAGCACAUAGAUCUAAAUUCUAACAUCGUGAUUUUUUUAAUUAUUUAUACUUAGUAUAAAUAAUAUUUUUUCUUAUUAUUAUUUUAGUUUUUAUUACUAGAAUUAUAUCACAAGAAGAUUUUAUUCGAUGAAUACGUUUUAAAGCAAUAUAGUACUCCAUCUGUAGGAUUGAUUUGCCUAUGCAGCAGCACCGCCGUAUAAUAAUGUAAUUCAUACGUAUAUGUAUAACCUGUGUAUAUAUUUUGCCGUGGUUAGACUAACAUUUUUUACAAAACUUUUGAAAAGUUGGGCAAAAAUCAAAUAUAACUGGCAAUUUGUCACGCCUAUGUUUAGAGGCGAUCGUGAUGUCAAGCCUGGAAGUAUUAGUGAUCCAAAUUUGAAGAUAAGUAAUUAAUCUUAAAUUUAAACUACUGGUUUUAUAAAAGGUAUACCGUACUAUGUUUUAAUAUAUUGUUGGUAAAAAACAUACUGAUUCAUGUAAAUAAGUAAUCAAAUAUUUAAAUUGGAUUUGCAGAUUUAAUCACAGAGAAUAUUUGUUUAUAAGCCACUUCGUAGUCUGAACUGCGCAUGCCCGUAUCCAAUGUCAAUCAACAUCCAUAGCGUAAAACCUCGAAUAGCAGCCCUGAACUUCCUUUUUGCAAGCUUUGGAUGUGGGCUUCUUUUCGAGAUGGGCUUCUUUUUGCGGCCACUUUUCAAAAUGAAUGCUGUAAAUUUUGGAUGCAGGGGUGUUGUAGACAAAGGGUUGCAGGCCCCCUAGAUUGUUUUAAGAAAAAGCAAUUGUUGUAUUGCAUUGUUGAUAUGAAUUACCGCUAAAGGUACCGGUAUUAGAGGACAAUUUCUAGGCACGAGAAGUAGGCGCGGAUCCAGACCUUCGCACCGUUCGCCAUGGCAAAGGUCAGAAUGGGAGAUAACAUUUUUUUUAAAAAUAUAAAUUGUAGUGCCUGGUGGUCUGGCGAAUUCCAACUCUUUUUGUCAGAAAUGCCACCUACCUAAACCAAAGAAAAAAAUACAUGCAAGUACUUUUUGCAUUGUCUAAGUACUCAUUAAACCGGCUGCGCGAUGUACGGUACUGUGGUAACGUAAACUGUUGAGUUUUUAUUAUUUUGAUUUAUGUCACAAUGUGGUCAAUCAAAAAUCAAUCACAGGAGGAGGAUUAUAUGUGCGUUGAUUCUGAUAACCUUAUUGAAAGGCAUAUACAAUUUUAUUAUAUUUUGUUAUUCCAAAAUUACACUAAAGCGAAAACCUAUGCUAUUAUUUUAAUUAUGACUUUUUAAUUAAUGAAUUAUUAUUUCAUUAUUUUAAUGUUACAAAAAACAGGUAUUUAAUAGAGUGGGUGCUGCAGACAUAGAGCUUAAAACUUACGAACACACUUCUAAAAAUACAUCUAAAAAGAAAGAGCAACGACAUGAAUGGUAGGCCUAUGUGAAUUUCAAAUCGAAUAGCUUUGGAAAUGAAAAUAAAAUAAAGAAAAAUACUGAGAAAUUGA